AGGCUGUUGGAUACGACAUUACGACAAUCAACGAAUACUGAACCCACGACCUUUGUUUUGCGAUAGGCGAAUAUCAUCAUUAAAUCAUUUCAUACAACGGCGACUAAAAUUACGUAGACUCUAUAAAUAAAGAGGCGCUUACUAUCUACUUGAAGAGUUACUUCACCAGUGUGUUUUAAUCUUCAAAGAUGGUGGGACUUGUUUUUGUGGCUUUGUCACUAUUGGCGGUUAGCCAAGCCGAUGUCGCUGUACCACCGCCACCGCCGGUGCUCUGUGGCGCUAUGCCCAUGUCAGUAUACCAGUGUCUCGGAACACCAAGGGUCGUGAAGCCAGGAGUCUCUGCCAAAUGUGAUAAGAAUCUCGGCGAGUGUGAAAAAAUCACAUGCAUAUUCAGAAACUCCGGUUGGAUGGAUGGCGACCAAGUAGACAAGCAGAAGUUGACGGCUUACUUCGAGCAGUUCGCAGCAGACAACCCUGACUGGCAGCCAGCUGUGGAGUACCUGAAGACGGCGUGCCUGCAGGGCGAGCUGCCCGCCCAGGGCAUCCACCUCAACUGUCCAGCUUAUGACGCUAUGCAGUGCACCUUCGCCAGUUUUAUAAAAUACGCACAACCGUCUCAGUGGAACUCGUCGGCCCGGUGUGCAGGCGCGCGCCAGUUCGCGACUGCCUGCCCAGUGUGCCCGACUGACUGCUUCUCUCCUCAAAUUCCCGUCGGCGCCUGUAACGCCUGUCUGGCUUUGCCCAGGUCACCCUAACUUCCUCUAUGGUAAUUAAUAAAGAAGUUUUUUCUCA